UGUCUGAUGAAGGGGCCCUGCCCAAAGCCUACUGGGUAAGAUGCUCUAGUGAUAGUUGUGGCCUAUUCUAGGCACAUCUGUCCUCACGGGUUCCAGUAAGACACCCUGGACCUGGCUCUGCUUUACAGGCAAGGGGACUAAGGCUCGCCAAGGUAGGGCAGCAUCACCUGGCUGAGGACUCAAAGACUCCUGUUAGAACAAGUCAGCUGCUGCAGGAAGAGAUGGUCAUUGUCUGGCUGUAUUUCUAGAGCUCUGCUCUACAUUGGGCCUCUGAGUUCAUGUCUUGGAAGGAUCUUAAAGGUAACUAUCUUUUAGUUUUUCAACACCAAAGCCGUCUUGCACGGGGGGGCAAGAGGGGGACAAAUCUUCCAACUUCGCAUCUCUUUCUCUUCCAAGCUGCAUGCCCAACUUUGUGUGCAUUGAAUUCUGGUAUUGGUCCAGGACUUUCCCAGGUCUGAGUCUCCUGGGUAGGGCAACAGGGAGUUUUCCCAUUGCUCUCAGGGCGUUCCCCGUUCCUAGGAGUUCUGAGAAAGACCCAAAUCCUCUAACGUCCGGGACGCAGGUCCCACAGAGGCUGCAUGAAGAUGUAGCCUACUUGCCUCUUCUCUCGUGUUGCUGUCACCCUGCUGCGAAGGUUAUUUGAGGACAGAGCAACUAGAGGAAGCAGGGCUCAGCGGGAAGAUGGGCCCCCGUGGGCUGGGACUCGCGCUGGCGUGCUGCCUGCUGCUGGCCUUCGCCUGUGGCCCGGUGCUGGGCCGCGUGCCCCUUGGGCAGCAGGAGCAGGAGGGGACCAGGGAGCCACCGCUGGACCACGCUGAGAGGGAUGAAGAAAAGCAUGAAACAUACAACUCCAGGCAGGAAGAGGAGCCUCCCGCAUCCCGGUGCUUUCGCUGCUGUGACCCUGGUACUCCCAUGUACCAGGCCAUCCCGGUGCCCCAGAUCAACAUCACCAUCCUGAAAGGUGAGAAGGGCGACCGAGGAGAUCGGGGCCUGCAAGGCAAAUAUGGCAAAACAGGCUCCGUGGGCGCCAGGGGCCACACGGGACCCAAAGGGCAGAAAGGGUCCAUGGGGGCCCCCGGGGACCGGUGCAAGAACCACUACGCCGCCUUUUCGGUGGGCAGGAAGAAGCCCCUGCAUAGCAACGACUACUACCAGACGGUGAUUUUCGACACGGAGUUCGUGAACCUCUACGGCCACUUCAACAUGUUCACGGGAAAAUUCUACUGCUAUGUCCCCGGCAUCUACUUCUUCAGCCUCAACGUACACACCUGGAACCAGAAGGAGACAUACCUGCACAUCAUGAAGAAUGGGGAGGAGGUGGUGAUCCUGUACGCCCAGGUGAGCGACCGCAGCAUCAUGCAGAGCCAGAGCCUGAUGCUGGAGCUGCAGGACCAAGACGAGGUGUGGGUGCGCCUCUUCAAGGGCGAACGCGAAAACGCCAUCUUCAGCGAUGAGUUUGACACCUACAUCACCUUCAGUGGCUACCUGGUCAAGCCCGCCACUGAGCCCUAGCCGCCCGCAGACCUCCUGCUCCAUCGCCGCAGGCUAACCUCCCGUUGUCCCCGUGCCCUGCCCUGCUCCGCCAGACCCCCUCCCCGACCCGGGUUUCCCCGGCCCACACGUCCCCAGCUUUGGCAUUCGACAUGACGCCCCUCGCGGGAGUGGGAAGCAACAUCGGCUGUGUGGUCCCAGGCCUUGCCGUGUCCGCACAUGAAAUCACCAGGCAGGUGCCCGCGAGAGCUCCCCUCUGUGUGCACGUCCUCGAGUGACCCCUGCACGCGUGCCACGACGCGCCAGGGUGUCCCAGAGUAAGCCACCCUUGCUCCCAUUGCUGGGAAUAAUUAAGCCAAUUCUCAAGGUUGUGAAAGGAGCAAAGUAAACCAUGGAAAAGAAAGGGAGGCAUUAUUAAUUUUGCCUUUCUGCCAGCCUCACUGGCUCCAGGCAGGAGGGCUGUCUCCCCUCAACGCUGCAGGAGACUUCCUGUAAGAGAAGAUCUAAAGUGGAUGCCAAGGGUGACAGGGGAAGGGGGUGGGGGGCGUGGGGACCGGAAAACCAUGUCUGGCUUAAUAUUUUAGGCCACGUAGGAAGCUUCUUGGGGGACAGCUGGACUGACGUCCACAUCCCGUGGACAUUCCUGUGGCCUUGCCCGAGGGCUCAGCUGGUCUUUCUGAGCCACAACGGUGAGGGGGUUCGAACUGGGCAGCCAGUGUCGGCUCCUGAGAGGGACAGCCAAGCCCUCGGCCGUGGUCUCUGCGCUGCUGAGCAGCUUGCUCACCGGAGCCCGCAGGCUCCUGGCGGCAGAGGCUUCCGUGAGGAGCCAAGCUCAGUACAACCCAGCAGAGCCCUGCGUCCCGGUAUGGCUCUGCCCACUCCCCCGCCCCACCCUUGCGUCCUGGACGGGGCCUCCACGCCUGCGUGCUGGCAUUGGCUUUCUGUCCCUUCUCUCCCACGGGUCAGCUGUGGAAGGAACCAGGGCCUUUGGUUUUGUAGCAGCUGUCUUGCUUAUACAACUUUUUCAGUAGAAACUCUUCACACACCAUCUCGGAGUCCUGCUUCCCGGAGAGUUCACCAUUCAGCGACCCAGCACCCUCCCCUGGGGCCUCUUUGACCAGCAGCCUAAGAACAAUGCAGAAGGGGCUUUCCUGGGCCCCAGAGCCGGGGAGAGCUGGAAGGGACCGGAAAGCUCCCCCCUGCCUGUCUCAGGAGCUCCGGCACGGCUCAGCCUCUGAGAGGGGAGAGAGGGCACGUCCCAACCACCGGGGUCCGAACCUCCACUCUGAGGGGGGGCUGGGGGGAUGCCUGGAGUGGGGAGCUGCCUGGAUUGGUGCUCUGGCCCGUGGCUGACUUUGGCCCGGCAGCCCUUCCCCACUUCUCUACAUCAACGCCCAGGGCCAGGGUCACCCUGCCUGCUCGGGCCCUAAGCCCCUACAGGAGCCUUUCUUCCCACUGCCUGCUAACCCCUGAUCUUGACCGAUCCCCUCUGCCCUCCCUGAGCCUGGCUAUUGGGUCUGGGGUCUGCACAUCCUUCCCUCUGAAGGACUUCUGCUGGUCAGACUUUAAAAACUGUGCAUAUCUGUGGGUGAGCUGGGGAGCAGGGCGCCCGCCUCCUGCUUUGUGCUGCCCCAGUGCUCUUCCAGAAAACAUUAAACUUGGAAUUGUGUGUUUCA